GGCCCAAGUUGGCCCAUGCCUGAUCCAGGAGCAUCCCUCUGCCUUUGGGAGCUGCUCAGGUUCCUCCUCCGCCUCCAAAGAGGGAGGGAAGCAGGUGCCAGCCUCUCCCCCCGGGGCGCCUUCUCCUCCUUCUCCGCCUUCCUUUCCACGCUUCUGGCAGCGUCCAGGCCGAAGGGGCGACGCCGGGAGAAGCGGGGAGCUCUUCCAACUUCCCCUCGCUCGUUCUCUCGCUCCCUCUCCGCCGCAAAAGAGAAGGAAGAGGACACCCAGCAGCCCUGCAGCCGCUGCCGUCGCUGGCCUCCAUUGCCGGGCACCAUGCCGCCGGGGAAGGUCUGGCUGUUGGCUUGGCUUCUCUUGUAUUGGCUGCCUUUCCCUGGUUUGGAGACCGUCAAGGUGCACAAGCGACCCAUGCGGACCCGGACCUGUGCCGACCGACCCGAGGAGCUCCUGGAGCAGCUGUAUGGCAGGCUUAGUGCAGGGAUGCUCAGCGCCUUCCACCACACGCUGCAGCUGGAGCCCCUGGAGAAGGAGCACAACAUGAGUUGCCCGGCAGGAGGAAGGCCGGCCACAGACAAGAAGUACCGGCUGCCCAUCAACCUCAACAGCGUCUCCCCUUGGUCCUAUAGAAUCUCCUAUGACCCCACAAGAUAUCCAAAGUACAUCCCUGAAGCCUACUGCCUCUGCAAGGGAUGCCUUACUGGGGUUUACGGCGAAGAAAACUUACACUUUCGAAGCACGCCGGUGUUUAUGCCGACUGUCAUCUUGCGCCGAACUGCAUCCUGCACUGGAGGCCGCUAUGUUUACUCUGAGGAUUAUGUGACUAUCCCUGUGGGUUGCACCUGCGUGCCAGAAUCUGAGAAGGAAGCUGAAAGAGUCAACUCCAGCAUAAACAAACAAGCAAUAAAGUUGCUGGCGAAUCAUAAUAGUGACAAGCCACCAUUAGAGUGAAGAACAUUAAUCCCUUAUAUCAGGCUUGACCUAAGGAAUGGGCUGUCUGAAGCAGUGGAUGAGUUGAUGUCCUCCCAAUCCAUUCCAUGUGUAAAUGCCAUCUGGACUAGUAGUUGGAUUUAAUUUCCAUACUGACAAUGAGCGAGUACUCUCCAUUGCAUGGAGGACUUUAUCAACUGCUUUGCUGAAAUCCAGAUAAACAACAUCUACAGCAUUCCCACCAUCUACUAAACUAGUGACUUGAUUUCUGAGAGAUUUGUAUGCGUAUCUGAUAACCUGUUCUAUCCUCCAACAUCCCCCCGCUUUAUCUGUCCCUAUUGUCUGCUGCCUUAGUCAAUUGCUUCACAACAAUUAAUAGAAGGGCAAAUUCUGGUGGCCAGCAGUUUGCUGGCAUUUUAAUUCCAGUUCCCAAGCGCAGGGCCUUUUCCCACUCAUAUUCAUAUUACUCUGACAGCUGCUGUUUGAAGAAAGAAUCCAUGCUUGAAGGACCCAUCACAGGGCAGUUGACACACAUUUACAGGACUGUAGUGUCAUCUCAAAUACACUCCCUUCCACUGCAUUCAUAUCAUAUACUCAACUGCAAGGUGUCUAGUUAUAAGCAUGUGAUACAUAUGUCAACCAACCCAUAGGAGGACAAAGUGUAUUUUAAAAAUACAAGUGUAAAUUUUGAAAGUAUGAAUGGUGGAGAAGUUAGAGAUAUUAUACAAUGAGUAUAAUCUUUAUGGGGAAAACCUCAUAUGAUUUUUUUAAAAAUCAUGCCUCAGCAGUGGCCCUGCAGUUAUAGAGCUGCCCUCCAAAAUGCAAAUUUUGUAUCACCUGACAUCUUUAACAGAGAUUCAGAGCCGACAUUUUAAUCUUGUUCACAAACAGCCAUUACGAAUUCUUUUCAGCCAUACAGAUAAAAGUGCUUCUGGCUGUUUUGGAAAUCCGCUCAUCUCUGUACAGCUAACUGCAUUCAAAAGCAAGGUUUCACACUGCUCUAUGUAGCAUUUCAAGGGGUUGCGGAGAGGCAUCAGUACAUUUGGUAUAUGCUAAAUCUGGAUUAAGCCCCUAAAGUGUGUUUGGAAGUGUAGCUUUACACUUGGGACUACUCAGUGGAAAUCAGGGCCAGUUCAAACAUUGUGCAUGUGACACUUGCCACUUCUACACUAGUGCUUUCAAUAGUAUCACUCCUAAACAUGAUGGCACGUAGUAACUACUUAUCAUCGAGUUGAAAGCCCAUCCCUAGUUUUGGAUAUCACAUUGUGACCAACGGCAUAUAGAUGCUUGAGUCCCCAUUACAGCUUGCUACACUGACAGCAACAGCAGUGUGAACUGUGCUUUAUAUUCAGGUCAACUGGCUAUAUCACUCUACUACUAACGGCAAGAAGGGAAAACCACCGAGACCACGGGAAGAUAAGGGAAUAAUAAUGUACUAGAAAAUAUUUUUGCAAGAAGUUCUAGUAAAACAGAUAAAAAAAGAUUCUAAUGGAAUUUGGUAUAAACUUCUGUGGACAACAGCUUGCUAGAUAUAUAAAUAUCAGGAAGUGAUUUUUUAUUAUUUCAAUUUUUAAAAUGAAACAUACUUCUGCAUUUGUAGGGGGCGAAAACAACUGAAUAUCAUUUUUAAAGCAGUGGAAUAUCUACCAUAAAUUUGGCACAGUACAAAGGAAUGUUAAUUCAUCUGUGAACAAAGCAAAAAAGGAAUGGUAAUGGUAAUAAUUUACUAAAAGCUUUUCAAAGUAAUUUACCGCUAAAGUUACACAAGAGCAAAUUGUUCUUUGAAAAGUGAGGGCUUCAAAGUUUCAGAUUUCCACCUCAAGUUUUGGCAAACAGAUGAAAAACAUCAUGACUUGUGGAACUAUCCCAAGUGAUUGAUACGAUGCACAAUAAAUUGCUCUACUCACUGGGUUGUGCAUCAGUACAAUUAUGGAGUACGUUUGUGCAUCAACACAGCUAUGGGAUAUAUUCACAUACCAUUGUGAAAAGAGAAAUGUUCUACAACAAUGUGGUUUAUGAGCCUUCUCAAAAGUGUGGAAAUGGGCUGCCUGCCUUUUUAAACCAAUCCAAUCUUCAGUUUAUAAGCCUUAUCACAGUUUUAGACUUUUCCAGCUGCAGAGCCUUUCAGAAUAACAAGGAUGAACAGAGAUCAGAUAACACAAAGCACACCACUUGGCCAAUUCAAACAAGUGGGACUGAACAUGUCUUGGCAUCCAAAGGUGAGUGCAGGAAGGCCGCCAAAUUAGAAGAAUGUCUGAGCCAAAAACUCGAAUGGCAAAAGUCCAGUCAAUUGUGUAUCCUGGAAGCCUCUGCCAAUGCCUCUUCAACCAAUGAGAAAACACUGCUUUGUAUUCUAAUGACGUGAAUUAAUCUAAGACUUCUUUUUCCACAAUGUGCUACACCGAAAGCAUCUCCUUAAAUAAAACAUUCAGGAUCUUUAA